AUGGCCCCACCAUCAAAUUCCUGUAGGUUUCCUUCUGCACUUUUACACUCAUUCGAGGACAUUACCUAUAUUUGGGGAAGAAGCCAGAUCAAAAAAGUUUGUCUUGUUAUGAUGGAGGCCUUGAUUUCAUCAAAGGCGAUGAACAAAUAUCGGAGAGAAGAUGAGCUCUGUUAUAAGAAGUAUUUGAAGAAAUACUGGCUUUCAAGUGACAAGGAUUUGGAAGGUAUUAUGAUCAAUGAAGCAGUUCCUCCAUCUCUUGUUGAGAUUCAGCCUAUUCUUCGUGUUGCCAAUGAAAUUCAAUUGAAGAAUCCAAGGGUUGCCUAUCUUUGUCGAUUGCAUGCCUUUGGGGAAGCACACAAACUAGAUCCCGCAUCACGUGGUUAUGGUGUUCGUCAAUUCAAGAAUGCUCUGCUUCAUCGUUUAGAUAGGGAAGAUGCAGUAACGUUAGGAGGACAAAGAAACCGUGAUUCUCAUGAAAUGCAGGCCUUCUAUGUGCAUUAUUAUGCAAACUACAUUCAGGGCUUUCAAAAUGCUGAUAAUGCUGAUGGUACCCGUCUUACAAAAGCUUGUCAGACUGCUUCUGUUCUCUUUGAAGUUUUGAAGGUUUUCUGUUCCUUUGAAUCCGUGGAGGUGGCAGAAGAGAUAUUGAAAGCACAUGAAGAGGUUGUAGAGAAGGCAGAAAUGUGUUCUCAUAAUGUACAUCCACUUGACCCUGAAAUUUCAGAUCAAGCACUACAAAGACAUCCAGAGAUGAAGCAACAAGACCACCUCAAAAUUCCCCUCCACGCCAUAAAAAAUUGCACCCAAGACUUCGACGAAAGAAACUUCAUUGGGAAGGGUGGAUAUGGAAGAGUCUACACAGGAGUCCUCACAUGGGCAGAUCAUGUAAACCAACUAGUUGCUGUAAAACGGCUAGAUGCUGCUGGGUUUCAAGGUAGAAAGGAGUUCCACACUGAGCUCGCAAUGCUUUCACAAUAUCAACAUGAAAAUAUCGUAAGCCUUCUAGGGUUUUGCGAUGACAACAAGGAGAUGAUCCUCAUCUAUGAAUACGCGAGCCAUGGUAGCCUCGACACGUAUUUACGUAACACUCCUGUUUCGGAUGGACCAUCAUGGCCUCAACUCCUCAAUAUAUGCAUUGGUGUUGCUUCGGCGAUCAAUUAUCUUCAUAAUCAUGUGGCAGAAAAACACAGAAUAAUCCAUCGUGAUAUAAAAAGCGCGAAUAUUUUGGUAGAUGAGAAUUGGAAUGCAAAACUUGCGGACUUUGGGUUGGCUAGGAUAGGACUAGCAAAUCAACAAAACACUUUUGUGAUAACUAAUCUUGCCGGGACACAUGGUUAUUGUGAUCCACAAUACGAACGAACAGGGUUUUUAACAAAAGAAUCAGAUGUGUUUUCGUUUGGUGUGGUUUUGUUUGAAGUUUUGUGCCGAAGGUUGGCAUGUGUUUACGAUUAUCAUGAUGAGCGGCGAUUCCUCUAUCAUUUGGCUCGAACAUGCUACAAAAAUGGAGAGCUACACAAGAUUAUUGAUCACACAAUAAGGAAAGAUAUCAAACCAACAACGUUGCUCAAGUAUUCGGCUAUAGCCUAUCAAUGCUUGCAAGAAAAUCGAGAAGACCGACCUACAAUAACUGAGGUUGUGUUCCAGCUGAAGGAGGCCUUGAAAAUUCAAGUAGAAGAUGAGAUCGUCCCAUAUGGAUUAGCAGAUGAUAUGAUCCAACAUGGUUUAGAAGAUGAGAUCCUCCAAGAUGGAUUACAUUCGGGUGGAGACAAAGAGAAAAUUAUACAAGGGAGACUUGAACGAUUAAAAUCUAAGUUGAAAUAUAUAUUUCGUUGCUUGUUAAAGAAACAAUGA